UCUGGCCAGCUGGCUAAUGUUUUGGAGAACAUAGACCAAUAGCUAGCCUAGCUACACUGCUAGUUUGCUAACCACAGUCGGUCAACACAAUAUGAAAACAUCGGAGAAAAUGAAACAUAAAUAUACGAGACUGUUUCAGACGCUGGUUAAAGUCUAAUAUAUGUAACUAGUCAAGUCGUCAAGAACAUCCAACCGUAGCAGUGGGGCAAAAGUAGGGACGUGGUCGAGUAUAUCGCUAACGUUAGCUAGUUUGGCCAAAUGCCUUGUUUGGGUUGGUUGUCAACGCUUGAGUUGGACAAACGCUGGCUUGUUAGUUUUUUGGGAGAUGGAUAGCUAGAGAUUGUAACACAAUAUAAUGUGAUUUAACCAAAUAUUACUGUUAGUUACAGGCCUGGCUGUACAAAACGUCGUCAAGAGAGUUUUCAACUGACAACUUUAACCUGCUAUUGGCGAUACUAUCUUUGUCCUCCACCAGUAUAAUGAACCACAUUUGUUGGGUUAAAUCACAUUAUCUGGGUUUACAAUCUGGAGCUAGGAGACGGGUAGUUAACUUGAUUUUGAAGUUUCAUGACAGCCUGUUUUCGUUGUUUCUCUGUGUUUCAGUUUAACUGCCAGAACCCACAUCACCAGUUGUUUGGUCAUUAACGUUAUGUUUUAAUUCUGUAAAACGAACAGAUUUAAAUGAUUCAUGCCACCAAUGGCAACAUUGUCAUCAGCUCCUCAUGGCUGUUAACAAAUGACAAAUGCAGUGAUUAGGUAACUAAUAAGUAAAAACCAAUUUUUAGCUAGUUAGCUACAAACAUGGUUCUGUCAUCAAUAGUUGGAUUUCAUAAGGUAAAGGUGUAGACUACAAGCUAGACUCCCCUUUAGACUACAAGCUGGCCACACACACUUUCAUAUGGCCUUUGUGAAGACCCUUUGGUGACUGAGACCAACAAACACCCGUGUGAAGGAGAGGGAGGAAGGCCUUAUCUUUGAGAUGACUGUCUACCCAAAGAAUUCAGUGCGGAUCUUAUCUGCCCGGGAGCGUGGUGCCCGCGGCCUUGGCUCCCAGCGCCUCCUGCAGCAGCUUGUUGAGGAGAAGACCCGGAGGAUGAAAUGGCAGAGUCAGAAAGUGGAGUUGCCGGACAGCCCUCGUUCUACCUUCCUGUUGGCUUUUAGCCCGGACAGGACCUUAAUGGCCUCCACACAUGUCAACCACAACAUUUAUGUCACAGUGGUUAAGACAGGGAAGUGUGUUCACUCUCUGGUUGGCCAUCGCCGCACUCCUUGGUGUCUGACCUUUCACCCUACCAUCCCUGGUUUGGUGGCUUCGGGAUGUCUGGAUGGAGAGGUUCGCAUCUGGGACCUGCAUGGUGGCAGUGAGAGCUGGUUCACUGAGAGCAAUGUGGCCAUUGCCUCCCUGGCCUUUCACCCUACCGCCCAGCUCCUUCUCAUAGCAACAAACAAUGAGGUUCACUUCUGGGACUGGAGUAGGAAGGAGCCAUUUUCCCUGGUCAAGACUGCCAGCGAGACAGAGAGAGUCAGACUGGUGAGGUUUGACCCACUGGGUCAUUACCUGUUGACCGCUAUAGUGAAUCCCUCUAACCAACAGCAGAGUGAUGAUGACUCUGAGGUCCCCAUGGAUAGCAUGGAGAUGCCCCACUUUCGCCAUCGAUCCUUCCUACAGUCCCAACCGGUCCGCCGUACCCCCAUUCUCCACAACUUCCUGCACAUCCUGUCAUCGAGGAACUCGGGCUCACAGUCUGAGGAGCAGCAUCCUCCUGAACCCGCUGUCAAUAGUGCUGCUGACUCUCCUAGUCUUCCCUCUGGACGUUAUUCCGCCCUGCGGAAUCGCUUCCGACCCCCCUACCAGGGUUGUGUGCAACACCUUGGUAUGGUUUGCUUCUGCAGUCGGUGCUCUCCCACCCAAGCCCCUUCAUCAUCUGGAGAGGACCCCUCUGACCCUGAGAGCCUGGAGACCCAGUCCUAUGCCUCCACCUUCUCCUCUGCUCGCACUGAGCCCCGGCAGCCCUCUGAGCCUCGCUCCUCACACCGUCCCUCUGCCUUCAGCAGUGUGUACAGCGGUGCUAGAGGACACUCUUUACGCACUCCAUCUUCAGGCCACCAGCAGCCAGGCCGGGAGUGUUCUGGGCGACUGGCGGGGGCAGACUGGAUGGGUAGCAUGCUCAACAUGCGGCCUGAGCAUAGUGAGGGUGUUGGGGUAUCUCCACCCACGACUAGUGCAUCAUCUGUCAGCCUGCUGUCUGUGCUGAGACAGCAGGAGUGCUCCUAUCAGUCGCCUGUCUACACCCCUGCCACAGAGGGAGGAAGCUUUCCCCCAGCAGUUAUGAGCCCCCACAUCAGUGGAAACAGCUCUGUAGAUGGACCCAGCACUAGUAGUGGACAGCACACUCUUGGGGAGGGAGGGAGCAACAGCCCCAUCUCUAUCCGUAACGUGCUGCAGUGCAACUUGAAUCGCUACUUCAUGGAGUAUGAUCGCAUACAGGAAAUGGAGCAGUCGGGUGGCGCUGGUGGAGAGAGCAGCCAAGAGCAACAAACAUGGGAGACGCACAAUAAUAACAUAGACUCUGAGCGGCCUGUCAACCCUCAUUAUCAGCCCCCCCACAGCGGUGAUGAUGGUUCUGGUCCCUUCCGCGGCCAUAUGAACCGCUGCAGGGUCUGCCACAACCUGUUCACGUUUAACCAAGGUACACAUCGCUGGGAACGCACCGGCCAGACCCCAUCACAAGAGGGGAGCACCUCAUGGCAGCCCCCAAGCUCCAACCCUGCCUUUCACAACACGAGGCAGACUGUGAUACAGGAUCCCCAGUCCUCUGACAGGAGACAGUUAGCACAGCCACAGCCCAGUGCUGAUGAACCUGGAGGGGACACAGCCUUCCCUCACCGGGGAACCCCUAGCCCGCAGAGAGAAUGGGCAGUGGGGUUGGUGUAUAAUCAGGAGACAGGCCAGUGGGAGAGGGUUUACAGACAGUCUGCCAGUCCAAGUCCAGCGGUGAAUGUACCACAAGAGGCCUUAAACCAAGAAAUGCCUGACGAAAGCCCUGAUGACGAUUACCUGAGAAGGAGACUUUUGGAGUCAUCUGUUAUGUCGCCGUCUCGGUAUGACAUAUCUGGCUCCCGGGACCAUCCCAUUUAUCCAGAUCCUGCCAGGUUGUCACCUGCUGCGUAUUACGCCCAGCGGAUGAUUCAGUACUUAUCUCGGCGGGACAGCAUUCGCCAACGAUCACUGCGCUACCAGAGCCGACUGCGGCCUCUCUCGUCCACCUCGGAUAGCCCAGGAAGCAACCCCUCCGUUGAGAACAACGAGGUGGACUUUGAGGAGUUUGAGGAUAACGGUGAUCGCGCCAGACACAGGGCUCCGCGCAACGCUCGUAUGUCUGCCCCCUCGCUUGGCAGAUUUGUUCCCCGGAGGUUCCUACUGCCUGAGUAUCUGCCAUAUGUUGGCAUCUUCCACCACGAGAGGGGCCAGCCUGGCCUGGCCACCCAUUCCUCUGUCAACAGGGUCCUAGCAGGUGCGGUUAUUGGUGACGGUCAUUCAGCUGUGGCCAGUAACAUCGCCAACACUACCUACCGCCUCCAGUGGUGGGACUUCACCAAGUACAACCUACCUGAAAUCAGCAACUCCUCGGUCAACGUGCUGGUGCAGAACUGCAAGAUCUACAAUGACGCCAGCUGUGACAUCUCUGCAGACGGGCAGCUCCUGGCCGUGUUCAUACCCAGCAGCCAGCGGGGCUUCCCAGACGAGGGCAUCCUGGCUAUCUACUCUCUGGCUCCUCACAACCUGGGAGAGAUGCUCUACUCCAAGAGAUUCGGUCCUAAUGCCAUUUCUGUCAGCCUGUCCCCAAUGGGCCACUACGUGAUGGUGGGCUUGGCCUCUCGCAGGAUCCUGCUCCAUCACAACACAGACCACAUGGUAGCGCAAGUGUUACGCCUGCAGCAGCCCCAUGGUGGAGAGACUUCCAUGAGGAGAAUGUUUGAUGUGGUGUACCCCUUGGCCGCUGAUCAGCGGAGACACGUCAGCAUCAACUCGGCCCGCUGGCUCCCAGAACCUGGCCUGGGUCUUGCCUACGGUACCAACAAGGGAGACCUAGUCAUCUGCAGACCUGUAGAUGCCCAGUUCGACGGAGACGGCCCCACUGAGCACAGUGAGCCCGUAUUUGCUGUCAACAACAAUCGAGGCGGUGGUACUGGUGGGAGCAGCGACGGAGAGCGACCAGGGAGCAGCAGGGCCCCCUUGAGGUCUGAAAGGGACAUGGGGCUUAUGAACGCCAUCGGUCUCCAGCCCCGUCACCCUACCCCCGUUGUGACAUCACAAGGCACACAGACACCCGUCCCACAGCUUCAGAAUGCCGACACACAGACCGACCGAGAUCCACAGGUUCCCAGCACAUUCCGGGCCUCCGAAGCAACAGACAGGGAAUCUCAAGACCAGGGCAUUGGGGAGGACGCCGUUUCUCGGCUCCGCGGGCUGAUUGCUGAGGGUGGUAUGACGGCCGUGGUCCAGAGGGAGCAGAGCACCACCAUGGGCAGCUUCGGUAACAGCAUCAUCGUUAGCCACCGCAUCCACCGUGGCUCCCAGACUGGGACAGAGGCACCGGGUGGGGUCAGAGGCACCCAGGGCACGGGUCAGGGUGGUGGUGAUGGUUGGACGUCCCUCUCUCCGCCCCACCGGGGCACUCUGUCGUUCACAGAGCCCACCUCACGUAUUCUAACCCACCAGAGCAUGUAGCUGGGUGAGAGCUCAGCCUUCCUGUUAGAGCUCUCUGGGGCCCAUAGCAGGACAGUAGCACCUCUCCCCUCCCAGUACAUCACAGUCUCUUCUCAUCUCAGCCCUCAGGGGCCCAUUGGGGUGGAGGAGGGGGCCGAUGGGACCCCUAUAGACACAGACAAUGCGUUUGAGGGUUAUGGGACUUGUCGAUGAUCUAGAUCUACACUCGCCCUCUGCUUCCUCCUCCUCUUCUUCAACCCUGUCCCCUGUUUUCUCCCCUCUCGACAACAACAGCUACAGUGCCAGUUACCAUGGAGACCCCUACAGUCAAUAGAUGGUCAUGUGCUUUCCAUAUCCAUCUGAUCUCUACCUAGAAGACUCUCCUUCCUCUAGCCUUAUUACAUUGACUACUGUUUUUUCUGGAGGCUUCCAAUCCCAACAAUGAAAUGAGUCACUUAAAACUUCAUCCUACUCCUCCAUUGCAUGUCCUGAUUUCUAUCCAAUAGUAGGCUGGAUAAGACCUAUCUUCAAUCUAGGAUUAGGCUUAGUCUCUUCCUUGGAUGUGGUGUUAUUUUCCGUGCCCUGACUUCAGUUUGAGACUUGUGUCAUUGCCCAAUUGAGUGCAAGAAUCCAAAGCUACAGUUUGACCAUUCUAUUGGAGGGAGGUGGACCUGAGUGAUUCUUUUACAAUCAGGUUUCAGAUUGGUGGUUUUCAAAGGCCAUCUAGGACCAAAUUCCAUGAUCAAAUUGCAACUUUUUUUGCAAAACGUGUUAAGACUCUUGAUCACUAUUAGCAACAAGCUGAUAUGCUGAGUAGAAGCACAUUUUAUUAACCAAUCACAUUGGUACAAUUUGAUUGUGAACCUGGAUUAUUGUAUCUGUGUUUUUUUUAUGUCUGAAUUAUAUUUUAUUGUGUGAAGAGAGAGGAUGUUCUAUGUCGCCCUUUGUGGUUGCAAAACGUUUCAUUCUUCCUUUAUAGUCAUCAUGGUUGAUUAGUGGUUCGCAAAGAUGUAGUUGACCCAAGAUAACUAUGAAUCUCUUGUACUACAUAGGAGAGCAGCAUUACAUUACAGAGUAGAAUUUAGGGUUGGGCAAUAUUUAGGGAGACCAAUUCCACAAUAUGCUACUCCAAAUAUGGGCGAUAUUCGAUAUUAUCGCUGUGUGCUGUUAAUGACAAAAUAGUUCGACUCCUUUUUUUGGGGGGGGCUUAUUUAUGAUAUCAUAACCUUCUUCUCAUUUAGACUUCUUUUCAAGAUAUUGAUACUGCCUUACUGAUUAAGCUGCGCGGUUUUGAUUUGUAAAGUUCAAAUAGUGCGUCACAAUAGCUCGACCAUAUAUUUGAUGACAAUUAUUGCCGAUCCUUCGAGAUGUCAUACGUUAAGCCGAACCUAUUAGCAUUACAAGACUUUGCUCCCAGACAGUGGCCAGAUAAUACCGUUACUCUUUUCUCCCCAGUGUGAUGCCUGUAUCUGGUGUACAGUGUGCAGUCGGGUGUGUGUGACAAUGGCUAAUCCGUACCCGGGAAAAGAAAACAAACAGCAGGACUUAUGUAUUUCAAAGGUUGAUGUAAUAAUAACAGGGUACAGUACACAUGUACUACUGGCAUGUAAGAUCAUGAGCCCUAGAUCCGCAGCCUCGUAACUUCGAAACGCGUUUUGAAACAACUAUAUGCUGUGCCAAGUAUUUGAAGUGAAGCAUUUCGACAAUAGUGUAUCCUCUUCUACGAUUUCAAACGGUCAGCCCAUGAUUUGUGAUGGUUGUCUUUUAUACAGUAGGAUUCCUUCUCUAGGUCUACUGUGGUAUGUUGAGCCCAGUCAUCUAAGGCGAAAUGGAAUUUGAAAAGGAGAUGCAUCCGGAAGGCUCUCUUUAAAAAUGGCCUGUUUGCCUCCCACGAGCCGCCCCGGUGCCUUGGGGGUUGUGUCGUUGUGACAGAGAGGCAGUUGGAGGUGCACAGGGGCGGUGGUGCUGAUAGCAUUCCGAGUCACCACAGGGGCAAAGCUCUCGAGGUUGAAUGGACUUUGUGUGCUUCAAACGGCUUCUUAGUCCUUUUUAAAACUGGUUUUAAACAGUAAUCUGCAAAAAAGAAUACAUUUUAUUUCUUGUUUUUCCUAUCAAGGUGGUCGGUUGUGACAGUGAAAGAAACUGUGUUGAAUUAAUGAAUUCGGAAGUGCUUACUGCAGCUCCAUGGUGAAUGGGUUACUUUUUUGAUAUUUGGAUGUGAAAAGUUACGCAUUAUGAACAGGUUUUUGUCUCUCGGCCACUGUUGGUCCAGCCAACUUGCACUGUCUCUCUAUGUAUUGUGUAUAUUGUGAUUGUGUCUGUUGUAUCUGUUGAGUUUAUUUAUGUUUUAGAAAGAUGAUGGUUAUAGAAGAUAUGCCAAUUUAAGCAAUAAUGUAAGGUUGAUCAUAAUCUUUUUUCAUAUAAAUUUAACCAGAGUUUCAUUAGUCUUGUGACCCUGCAGCAGCACUGUCUAUCUCUGUUGUUCAGAACACUUCUAGGAGAGCAAAUGCACCAUUUGUCGGUUCAUAUGCUGAUCUGACGACAAACAACUUCAGGAAGAUUGUCAAAGCGAUAAAUAUAUUUUGUUGUUUAUCCGAUUGUGAAAUUGUCUUCCCAGUGUUUUCCGAUACUCUAUGUGCCGAUCUUCAUUUGAAUUUGUCCUCAUUGAAAAUAAGAAUUUGUUCUUAACUGACUUGCCUAGUUAAAUAAAGGUAAAAAAAAUAAUAAUAAUAACAAUUAAGUGAUCCCAUUAUGUCUUGUAAUGACUCCUGUAAGGUUAUGGGAAAUACUAGAUUACCUCUCAUAGCGUCAGACUCAGAGUGAAAUUAGAUUUGGACAAAUAUAAGCUUGUUAUUCCAGCAUUAAUUUGUUUCAUGUUAGCGUAUGAUCCAUGAGGGACAAUACCAUUCUGAUUUUAUACAAAAAUCAUCUGUUUACAACAACUUCUAACCAUCGACCCUUGGAAAGAGCAGGAAGAUCGGAGUCUCAUUUAGAGUUCUUGGGUUGGAUAUCAGAGUGAUCUGGGUAGUAGAAAAGGCUGUAAUGGGAAAGUGUUUGCGACAGACAAACCAAGAGACACAUCAGGCAUCAGAAUGGUUCAGGCUAACCCAGAUCUGGCAGACUCUGCUCCUGAAAAGACCCCCCUUUUGGAAACUGGAGCAGAAAGCCUGACACUUUUGUUUCCCCCGUUUUUGAUUUCUUUUUUUGAGCACACUCAUCUCACGUUCUUCUUAUUUGUUUUGUUUUUGAACGGGUGGAAUGUACUCUGUUUUCUUUCACCUGUUUUCUAUUGUAUUUGAAGAGGAUAUGAUGUGCUGCAUUCUAGUGUCCUGUUGGUCAAGAGGGCUAAUGGGGAAAAGGAUGUGUUCUAAAUCAGAAGACAGGAGCUGACAGUGGCUUCAUGGGUGACUGUUGGGUGAGGUGGAGCAGGAGAGCUGAACAGCUGCUCCCUGUGGGCUCCGGUCCUGCUGGGUUUGAAGUGGGAGGGAAAACGCAGUGAGCGAAAGAGCAGCGUUGGAUUUGGUCACCCUUGAUGCUCAUGCAGCAUUGCGUUAGAUGAGCUCAUCCGUUUCGGCUUUCACCUUCUAUCUGUGCUCUUUAUUCCUCAGUUCACCAACACACAAUAAUCCGCCAGCGUGCGCAUCAGUUCAAAACUCAAUCAAGAACCGUAGUUAAAUAGUGGAACUACGGUAUAUACAGUAGAAAUCGCCACAUUCAAGUUCUCCGCAGCCCAGGACGUUUUGCGACUCCCCGUGUUUUUUGAUUUUCUGUGCAAUUUAAGGGCAAUAUGUAAUCACAUUACAUACUCAACGUAUUUACUUAACGCUUUGCACUGUUCACAGAUCAUCACAAAACUCAGUGUUGUCAAGGCAUUACACUGUCAUAUUUUCAUACAGCUGAUAUUCAUAUGUUUGUGGAGCAGAAUAAAAAUGUCUGUGACCUUCUGGAUAUGAUUGAAAUUUGGAUCAAAUCUGUUUCGGAUUUAAAAAAAAAAUAUAUUAUAUAUAUAUAUUUAAGUCUGAAAUGUGUUUAUAAAUUGAGGAUAAUGAGCUUUCUAUAUGAAUACUUUCAGGGAAAUUCUAAAGGUCAUGAGUGUAUUUGUUCUGUUGUCACUGACUCACAAUGGUGUCUUUUUCUCACGUGUGUCAAUAUGUGAUCUCUUUAGUGUACGUGAACUCAACAAGGAAGUGUCUUCAGUGUGCCUGUUUUUUUGUAGGAGAUUGUGAUUUGAAGUGGUUUUCUAUCUACUUAUAAAGGGUAAACCGCAGUAUAUGACAGUAGUCAAUGUGCAACUAAGGGGUGUUGGAACACCAAAGAUCCUAGAAAAUACUUGUUGAUCAUAAACAAAUAAAAAUGUGAAGCUAAGAAACAAUAAAUUUUUUCUUUUUUUUUCUCCAGGGUGAAAGACGAUAUCAUACAUUUUCCUUCCAUCUAGUAAAAAGUGGUCCCCUUACAUGGUGAGCUGUUAUGACCUGUUUGAAACUUUGUCAUCGUCUCCCUCCGUGCUAUUUUACAGUAUGAUAAUUUCAAGAGAAUGUAUCGUUUAAUUCAUGCAUUAAUUGAUAGCACUACGGCAAUAUAUCCUGCCAGCUGUUUAUAAUCCUUGAACAUUUUGUGUUUAUUAAAUUUGAACAAGGCACUGUCA